ACCCCUCAUCACGUCACUGUCGCCUUGAAUAAAUUGUUGAGUUUAAUAGAAGUCACUUUGUCUCAUAUACCAUGGAGUCUCUUUUCCAAGCAAUUGACGAGACGCCUAUUAUCGACCACCAUGCUCAUAACCUCCUCCUACCCAGCGAGCUUGAGGUGCGCCCGUUUCUCUCCAUAACUACAGAGGCUGGCGAUGGCGCUCUUCAGCACACACCUUCAACUCUAAGUCACAUACGCGCCGUGAAGCAGCUUGCUGAGAUCCUCGAUUGUAACUGCGAUUGGGAUAGCGUGCAAGCGGCCAUUGAAAAACGACGCCUGGCCCCAGAUGAUGCGUGGGCGAAGCGAUGCUUUGAGGGCAUUGAGACGAUCUUGAUGGACGAUGGCCUGGAUGAGAGCACUGUACAUCCAUGGGACUGGCACCAUCGAUUGACACGUUCCAAUUGUAAGCGAAUUGUGCGAAUAGAGAAAGUGGCGGAGACGAUCCUCAAACAACACAUCAGACCCCAGAUACUCAACCCGUUAGGUGUUGACAACCGGACGCUGUUCGAUGACUGGGAGACGUACUUUAUUGCCGCCAUUGAGGAUGCCAUCAGAGAUACCAAUGUGGUUGGUUUCAAAUCUGUCAUCUGCUACCGCACUGGACUUGCCCUUCCCGGAUCAAGCGCAGACCUGGAAACUCUUCAACAGGCCUUCUCACAAUUUCUCGACUCUGACUCGAACCGCCUCGAUGAUGCGCACCUCUCCCCUCACUUUGUGCAUUUGACCGCCCGACUCUUGGCACAUUCACCAAAACCCUUCCAGUUUCACACGGGGCUCGGCGACAAUGACAUUACCCUCGCACUAUCAUCGCCCUCUCAUCUGCAGCCGUUUAUUAAGGCAUACCCCACCGUACCCAUUGUUCUGCUCCACGCUAGUUAUCCUUUCACUAAAGAAGCUGGGUACUUGGCAAGCGCUUACGAAAAUGUCUAUCUUGAUAUCGGCGAAGUGUUUCCCAUGGUUAGCCAGGAGGGGCAAGAGACGAUAAUCCGAGAGAGCCUCGAACUCUGUCCAACUGAGAAGCUGUUUUGGAGCACAGACGGCCAUUGGUUUCCAGAGACGUACCUCCUUGCAGUCAUACAAGUACGGGAGGCUAUGAAAGAUGUGUUAGGUCACAAGCUUUCUAGAAACCGUAUCAAAGUUGCUGAAGCUAUCAGGAUUGUACAAGACGUGUUUUUCAACACCUCAAACAAACUAUAUAAUCUGGGCCUCGCGUUAACUCCCAUCAAGACCAGGCCAGACACGGCGGUUUCUACUACCAAAGGCACCAAAAUCACCAAGCUAGAGAUACUGGAGCGUUUCUUAUCUGAAAACCCGUCCAUCAAGUUUAUCCGUCUUCAGUGGCUUGAUUACACCGCAACACUUCGGGUCAGAGUCAUCCCCGUGAAAGUCGCUCGUGAAUUGUUCGGCAGUCAGAGAUCCAUCGGUAUUACAAAAGCUGCGCUGGGUUUGCUGCAACAUGACCUCAUGGUGCCAGGUUUCAGCCCUGUGGGGGAAUACGAGCUCAUACCGUGUUUUGAUGGUCUACGACGCAGUGACCGCCCAGAGUAUGCAACUGUUCAGGGCGAGUUCCGCGAACAAGAUGGAUCUGAGGUGGGAAUUUGCCCUCGAACACUUUUGAGACACAUCGUUGAACGCGCACAAGAAAAUGAGAUCACCUUUCGCAUAGGAUUUGAGGUCGAGGUUGUGUUUAUGGCUGUAGAUACCACCGGCGGAGCUCACACAUUCAGCAAAAGUUUCAGUGGAUCCGGGCACUCUUGGUCAAAUGCAAGUGCUCUUCGGGGGAUCAAAUUGAUGACCGUGGUCGAAGAAGUUGUGGCGCUGCUUGAGAACGCCGACAUCAACGUAGUUCAGUUCCACCCGGAGAGCGCACCGGGCCAGUUUGAGUUCGUUACUGGGCAUCUUGAACCCCUCCAGGCUGUUGAUACGCUACUGGCCACGCGUAACAUCAUAUAUGCAACAGCGGAGAAGCAUGGUAUGAAGGCAACAUUUGUGCCCAAGCCGUUCGCGAAUGCCUGCGGGACAGGAGCGCAUGUUCACAUGUCGAUCGUACCUGAAGACGAGUAUGGCUCCUUCUACGCAGGAAUCUUGAAACACAUUCGCGCAAUUGCCGCCUUUACUUACUGCAACGCGUCGAGCUACGACCGCAUGCAAGACAGCGUCUGGAGCGGCGGGCGAUACGUAGCAUGGGGAACACAGAACCGCGAGACGCCGUUGCGCAAGAUUAGCAGCAGUCACUGGGAGCUCAAAUGCAUGGAUGGGCUCGCAAACCCUUAUUUUGCCAUAGCGGCGAUCCUGGGAGCUGGCCUCCAAGGCAUCCUUGACGCCGAACCGCUGACUAGCAGUGAUUGCUUAGACGACCCAGCCAUGAUGGAUAUCUUCGAUAGGGAAGAGCAAGGGAUCACGCAGAUGAUGCCAGAGGAUUUAAGGGAGGCAAUGCAGUUCUUGGAGCAGGAUUUUCAGCUCGGCUCUAUCAUGGGCCAUUCCUUUGUUAGAGCGUACUUGAGAGUGAAGAACGCGGAGAUGGAGAUGCUGGAAGCAUUGAGUGCUGAAGAGCGACGUCAAUUCAUGGUUGAACGAUACUAAAAAGUAUACAAAAGCCAUCAAUCAAUCUCAUAGACCGUAAAGUCACAGUGGAGCGCAAUUAAAAUGCAAAAAAGGUUUUUUGAGUUUUGUACAUAAUUAUAUGUAAAAUACUGCUGCUAUAUACAACCGGAAAUUUUCC